AUGGAAGGACGACACACCCUUGCGCCGGCUGGCUCGCUGGGCAUCGCGCCGGAGGCGCUCGUGGAGCGCCUGCGCGGCCAGCCCGCGGAGCCUGUGCCGGACGGCGGCGGCGGCGGCGCUGCGGCCCAGUGCUGCACGCCGCUCUCGCUCGCCAGCCUCUCUCUUCCGAGCUCGCCUCGGACCCAACCAUCGCCGUCGCUCUUGACGCCGCCGUGCGCGCCACUCGACCUGGCAUCGACCUCUGCGCCGCCCUGUGUGGAUCUCCCGCCGCAAGACGAGGCAGGGCCUGGCAGCGCGGUCCCCGCCGAGGCGCCCCUGGGCGGCGAGGCGCUCGAGGUGCCGCCCUUCCGCGCCGGCGCCGGCGCGCCCGUGCUGCUCCUCGAUACGCGCCCCUCGCAUAUUUUCCGCGGCUGCGAACGGACGACGGGCGCCGAGCAGGACGUCACGGGGCACCUCCAAGGGGCCAUCAACUUGCAGGUACCGACCCUGCUGCUGCGCCGCACGCAGCGCGCGCUGAGCACGAGUCCUGAGCUGCUGGACACGAUGGACUUUGCCGCCUACAUCCACUCGGACUCGGGCGUGCGCCGCCUGCGCCGCCUGGGCGCCUCGCAGGCGACGCCCGAGCUCGGGCUCCCGGCGUGCGCCGUCCGCAAGCUCAUGCACGUGUACUGGUUCCUCGAUGUCGUCGUCCUGCACGAGGACGACGCGUCGGCGUUCGCGGCGUUCAUGCUGCUCCGUCUGCUCGCUGCGCAGCGGGCGCGCGCGGCCGCGAGCGCGAACGACGCGGCCAGAGCGUGCCGCGGCGGCCUGUACUACGUCGCCGGCGGCAUGCGCGCCGUGCGGCACCUCCCCGCGAGCCACGCGCUCUUCUGCGUGGGCGACACGCCGGCCGACCCGCGCGACGAGGAGCUCGACCCGAAGCCGCUGCAGCUGCCGCCUGCGUCGCUCACGCCGCCGCGCGCGGCGGCGCGCGGGCUGCCCGGGCGCCCCACCCCCACGGGCACGCCGCGGUCGCUGGCGCCCAGCAUGGAGCGGCGGCACUCGGCGCUGGACGUCAUGCAGCGCCUGCCCCUCAUGGCCUCGCUGCGCGUGAGCACCGGGCCCACGGCGAGUGUGCCGGAGGAGAUCGUCACGGCGCGCGAGGCCUGCCCGACGGUGUUCGACGUCUCGACGAUCAUCCCCGGGCUCCUGUACGUGGGCCCCGACGUGCAGAAGCUCGACGACGUGCAGGAGCUGGAGCGCCUCGGCGUGCGCGCCGUGCUGAACACCGCCGUCGAGUCGGACGACACCGGCGAGCCCUACCGCGCCCUGCGCGCCCAGCUCGCCGCGUACCGGCACCUCCCGAUGCGCGAUGCCGUCGAGGCCGCGGACGUCCAGGCGAGCCUGAGCGAGGCGUGCGCCUUCAUCGACGGGGCGCUCGCGGCGGGGCAGCCCACGUACGUGCACUGCCGCGCCGGCAAGUCGCGCAGCACGACCUGUGUGAUGGCCUACCUGAUCCAGGCGCGCUCGUGGACGCUGCAGCAGGCAUAUGCGUUCGUGGCCAGCCAGCGGAAGCGCACGUCGCCGAACAUUGGCUUCAUCGCCGAGCUCAUGCAGUUCGAGCGCGCCACGCUCGGCACACACACGGCCAGUGUGCCCCUCUCGCAUCACAGCCCCCACGACCGGCCCGCCCAGCGCGUGGCCUCGAGCCCCACGUGCUCUCCGCCUGUACCAUAG